ACAUAUAUAGAGUAGUUGAGUUGAGAAUUUCAAGCUCUAUAAAUUUUUAUUUUGCAUUGUGGAUUUGAUUUCUCUUCUGUUUGUAUAUUUGAUUUGAUUUGUUUCUAUUCCUCUCACGAGAGCAAGAGGUUCAAAGAAGCAAAAUUGGGCCUCAAGCUUGCUUAAAAAUUACUGGAUGAAAUGGUUGCAUUAGGUUUUGAUUUGUUAUGAAUUUUUUUUUUUCACGAGGCAUUUGAUUGAAAUUUCCAAUCUCUGUUGGUUAUUUAAUUAGAGUGAAUCUUGAAAUUGCAAAAUGUAUGGACCACAAAUUCGGGUUUUAAGCCCUUAGUUAUGAAGAAUUCUUGCCCAUCUGAUCCAUCACCAUGAAAAGAUUUGGGGUGGCUAAGAAUAGCAUAGGAGGGUAGAAUUGGAGAAGGAAAAGAAAAGAAAAGAAAAGAAAAGAAAAGGAAUGGACAGAAAAAUAUUCCUUAUUUCCCGUUAAUGGUAGUCUCCCUAGCUCAACUAACUUUUAAAAAUGAGGAAGAGGUUAACUACUUAUUGCUGAAAUUAGCAAAUUUGACUAUGUCAUAUAUGUGGCCGGGCACAAAGGGAUGAGGGGGGUCAUGAAGGAAGAGUAAAGCUGCAGAAAUUUUCCUUAGUUUCCAGGGAGACCAGAACAGGCUGGUUUUUCCUGGGGCUAAGGUUUUUGAUUUCUGAGCUGAUUGAAAUCUCCGAUUUCAAAAACCUGCCCUUAAACCAGGUACCUCUUGUUUGUGCUGAGGAAUGAAUCGAAUCACAUGCUUUUAUGGACAGCAGUGAAUUCAUCUCAGUUUGAUUCAACAUUUUGACAGUUUUGGAAUUUGGGUAUUGUUGGAUUUAUAAGCGAUAAGGGACCAAUGAGGCUAAGCUGCUUUUCGUGUUGUCAGACAGAAAGUCAGAGAUCAUUGAAGAAAAGUACUCGUGAAUAUGAAGACACGAAGGCUUUGGCCUCAUUCUCUAACAUCUCCUUCAAAUCCGAUAGCAGCAAGCGGAGGUACAUUGCUGAAGAGAUAGCAAAAGUCGGAAAAGGGAGUAUUUCUGCUCAAAUUUUCACAUUCAACGACCUGAAUGUCGCAACUCAAAACUUCAACCCUGAAUCCUUGAUAGGCGAAGGAGGUUUUGGCCAGGUUUACAAAGGCCGCAUUGAAAACAUAAAUCAAGAUGUUGCUGUUAAGCAGCUUGACCGAAAUGGAUUCCAAGGAAACAGAGAAUUCCUUGUGGAAGUGUUGAUAUUGAGCCUUCUUCACCACCCUAAUCUUGUCAAUUUGGUUGGUUAUUGUUGUGAUGGCGAUCAGAGGAUAUUAGUCUAUGAGUACAUGGCCAAGGGUUCUCUAGAGGAUCAUCUUCUUGACUUAGCUCCUACCAAGGAGCCUUUGGAUUGGAUCACUAGAAUGAAAAUUGCAGAAGGUGCAGCUACAGGACUUGAAUACUUGCAUGAAACAGCUAACCCUCCAGUGAUUUACAGGGAUUUCAAAGCAUCUAACAUACUAUUAGACGAGGAAUUCAAUCCAAAGCUUUCUGAUUUUGGGCUAGCCAAGCUCGGUCCAACCGAUGGUAUGACACAUGUAUCUACACGGGUGAUGGGAACUUAUGGCUACUGUGCACCCGAAUAUGCGUUGACAGGUCAAUUAACAACAAAGUCCGAUGUGUAUAGCUUUGGAGUCGUGUUUCUGGAGAUAAUCACAGGAAGGAGAGUCAUCGACAAUUCAAAACCAAAUGAAGAGCAGAAUCUAGUUAUUUGGGCGGGUGUUUCAUGGGGUGGCUCAUUCCAUACUAAACAAUGCAAGGCACAACCUCUCUUCAAAGAUAAAAGCAUGUUUACAUUAAUGGCCGAUCCAAAGCUAGAAGGCAACUACCCUACAAAGGGUCUGUACCAGGCUCUUGCAAUAGCGGCAAUGUGUCUCCAAGAGGAAGCUAGUGCUCGACCUUUGAUCAGUGAUGUUGUAACUGCUCUUGAGUUCUUAUCAACAGGAAAGACAGUAGAGGCAGAUGACGAAGGAGCAGAAGAGAAGAUGAAACUAGCUCCUUCUGGUAGAAACAUAGUUCUAGAAAUCGAAAAAGACGCGCCAAGUGGUGCUUGGGAAAGAGACUGAUGAGAAGGUGCUAAAGAAGCUGUAUCGACUGUGAUUGCGACACCAAACUCCCUGUUGUUUUAACUCUCUUUUUUCACUCUCUCUCUUUUUCUUAGUUGGUUUUUUUAUGAGAUCUUAUGGAUUCUUGUGGAUUCAGAGAUCCAAAUUUUGAAGAAAGAAGGGACGAAGAUUAGGGGAGCUUUUUGGUCCAGCAUGAGGCGUGUAUGGUAAUUUUUUCACUUCUAUAUAUAUAUAUAUAUAAUGUUAAUUGUGAGGGUAAGAGAGUAGGACAAGUUCUUGAUAAUCUUGGCAUUAUCCAAAAUGAAAGCUUACCCCAUCAUAUGUGAAGAGGUUUUUUUGAGUUUUGUAAUGUUCAUUUGCAAUAAAGCUAUUUUAAUGCA